AUGGCUGCCAAAACUUCCCAACCGCAUGUGGUUGACGAGCAUGAAGCUCAGUCAGUGGUUGAGUCGACUCAACCCAAUACCCGUCGAUCGAUCUUUCGAUCGAUUCCAUUCCAGAUCGCCAUUGCCAGCGGUGUCUCAUUUACCGCACCUGGUAUGUGGGAUGCCUUGAACAAUCUGGGUGCGGGUGGUGCGGCACAACCCUAUGCUGUAUCCGCCGCGAAUGCUCUGGUUUAUGGUCUAUUUGCGAUCGUUUGUGUCCUGGCGGGUGCCAUUAACAACCGCAUCGGCCUACGUUAUGGAUUGACGCUUGGAGCAAUUGGCUACCCCAUCUACGGUGCUGGUCUUUACACCAAUAACUAUUCGGCAAACACAUGGUUCAUGCUUUUCGGCAGUGCCUUGUGUGGUAUCUCUGCAGGAUUCUUCUGGGCGGCUGAGGCUGCCAUUAUCAUUGGAUAUCCUAGUCCGCACGAGCGUGCAUUCUACCUUGCAAUUUGGCAAACUGCCAAGGCCGCUGGCCCUAUUGUGGGAGGUGCCAUCAACUUGGGACUCAAUGCACAAACCUCCACCCAGGGAUCCGUUAGCUCGAGCACCUACAUCGUGUUCAUUGUGAUCAUGUGCCUUGGACUUCCUAUCGCACUUCUUCUCAGCCCUGCUGAGAAGGUGCAGCGCAAAGAUCGCACCUUGGUUCUCGUGCACAAGCAGGCCUCUUGGGCUGCCGAAUUCAAGGCUGCAGUAUCCUUGAUUGCUACUCGCCGCGUUCUCCUCCUCCUUCCCUCUUUCUUCAUCAGCUACUUCUAUAACGGCUUCCUCAGCACGUGGCUCACAACCUACUUCACCGUACGAGCUCGCGCAUUCUCCUCCUUUUUCACCAACUUCGCCGGCAUCGCAUCCUCGUUCAUCAUCGCUGGUCUUCUCGAUCGCCAGGGUAUCCACAUCAAGACCCGCGCCAAGAUUGCCUUCAUCUCUAUUGUGGUCAUUCUCACUGGUACCUGGAUCUGGGCUUCAAUUCUCCAGAACCAAUUCUAUAAUGCUCCCGAGUCCCCCGUCUUCGACUGGUUCACCGGUGGAUUCGGAAAAUCUUACGCUCUCGUCUUCUUCUGGACUUUCGGCGGCCAGGCAUUUCAACAAUUCCUGUACUGGCUUAUCGGUCAAUAUAGCACCGAUAUUUCGUCACUGUCUUACCACUGUGGUAUUCUCCGAGGAUUUGAGGCCCUGGGUCAGACUGUUGCUUGGGCUAUGCAGUCUGAAGGCGGUGCCAACCACUUUGUCAGCAUCGGUCUCAACUUUGGAAUCACUCUUAUCGCUAUUGUCCCCACUUGGAUUGUCUUGUCCGAGCUUGAGCACAGUCAUGAGGUUCAAGUGACGGCGGAGGAUAUCUCAUCCAAGCUCCAGGAUGAUAAUCCAGCCGAGACGACUGUUUAA